AAAAAAAAAAAUGGCAACCUCGCGCGCCUGUAAGUAAAACUGAAAAAGCGGAUAAAGUCUGAGAGCGUAGGGCCUUCUACUCCAGUGAAGUGAGUCUCUCAUUGAAGCGAAGCAAAGCAAGAAUCAAGAGAAAAUGUUAGCAAACCCUAGCAGUAGUAGCCUCUUCAAAACUCCCUGUUACUCUCGAACCCUCACUCUCACCCCUUCAAAUUGCCCUCGUCGCCUCCUCACCAGAAAGAAAUCCAGGUUCCGUUCCUUAUCAUUAUCUUCAUCAUCUCACAUUUUCUUACCCACCAAAACCUUUCUUGGUGCUACUAUCAGAGCAGGAGCCGCCUUCCAAGAACAUCAACCCUUGGACUCCGACUCCGACUCCGACUCCGACUGUUCUCCUCACCCUUACUCUAUCAAAAUCCCCGUCGGUGAUAGACAUAUUUUGGUUGAGACAGGCCACAUAGGAAGACAAGCUAGUGGUGCUGUUACAGUAACAGAUGGAGAAACUAUCGUGUACACAUCUGUUUGUAUGGCUGAUGUUCCAAGUGAGCCUUCAGAUUUUUUUCCUUUAUUUGUUAAUUAUCAAGAGCGUUUUUCUGCAGCAGGUCGGACUAGUGGUGGGUUUUUCAAACGAGAAGGGAGGACAAAAGAUCACGAGGUUCUUAUUUGUAGAUUGAUUGAUAGGCCUUUGCGCCCAACAAUGCUUAAGGGCUUCAACCAUGAGACUCAGAUACUAUCUUGGGUUUUGAGUUAUGAUGGUUUGCAUUCCCCUGAUUCUUUGGCAGUCACAGCAGCUGGGAUAGCAGUAGCUCUUUCAGAAGUGCCCAACUCAAAAGCAGUUGCAGGAGUUCGAAUUGGUCUUAUUGGCGAUAAGUAUAUUGUGAAUCCCACAUCGAAGGAGAUGGAAGAAUCUGAGCUGGACUUGUUGUUAGCUGGUACAGAUAAUGCAAUAUUGAUGAUAGAGGGUUACUGUAAUUUUCUCCCAGAAGAAAAGUUGCUGCGAGCAGUAGAAGUUGGGCAGGAUGCAGUACGAGCAAUUUGCAAUGAGGUGGAGGCUUUGGUUAAGAAGUGUGGGAAACCAAAAAUGCUUGACGCAAUCAAAUUACCUCCUCCUGAGCUAUAUAAGCAUGUGGAAGAAAUUGCUGGAGAUGAGUUGGUGAAAAUCUUGCAAAUUAGGAACAAAAUACCUAGAAGAAAAGCUCUCACAUCAUUGGAAGAAAAGGUUCUGACUAUACUUACUGAAAAUGGUUAUGUCGAAACAGAUACAGUUUCAGGAGCUGCUGAAACAUUACCAGAUUUAUUUGAGGAUGAGGAUGAGGAUGAGGAAGUGGUUGUGGAUGGUGAAGUAGAUGAAGGGGAUGUUCAUAUAAAGCCAAAUUCACGAAGAUCUAAGCCAUUGCUUUUUUCUGAGGUAGAUGUGAAGCUAGUUUUUAAAGAAGUAACAUCAAAAUUCUUGCGAAAGCGCAUUGUGGAGGGUGGUAGAAGAAGUGACGGACGCGCCUUAGAUGAAAUACGUCCUAUUAACUCAAGAUGUGGAUUACUUCCAAGGGCACAUGGAAGUGCUCUUUUCACCCGAGGGGAAACACAGUCAUUGGCAGUGAUUACACUUGGUGAUAGACAAAUGGCACAAAGAAUAGACAACCUUGAGGGCGCAGAUGAACUGAAGAGGUUUUAUCUCCAGUACUCAUUUCCUCCUUCAAGUGUUGGGGAAGUUGGGCGAAUUGGGGCGCCUACUAGAAGAGAAAUUGGUCAUGGAGUGCUUGCAGAGAGAGCCCUUGGACCAGUCUUGCCUUCUGAAGAUGAUUUUCCAUACACCAUACGUGUUGAGAGUACCAUCACAGAAAGCAAUGGCUCCUCAAGCAUGGCAUCUGUUUGUGGUGGUUGCUUAGCAUUGCAAGAUGCCGGUGUUCCUAUUAAGUGCUCUAUUGCUGGGAUAGCAAUGGGUAUGGUUCUGGACACUCAGGAAUUUGGGGGAGAUGGAACUCCACUUAUUCUUUCUGACAUAAUUGGAUCUGAAGAUGCCUCUGGAGAUAUGGAUUUUAAGGUUGCAGGAAAUGAAGAAGGAAUAACUGCAUUUCAGAUGGACAUAAAGGUGGGAGGAAUUACAUUACCCAUUAUGAGAAAGGCACUCCUACAAGCAAGAGAUGGCCGAAAACACAUUCUUGCUGAAAUGUUGAAAUGCUCGCCUCCCCCCUUGAAAAGGCUUUCAAAGUAUGCCCCAUUAAUUCACAUCAUGAAGGUCAAACCAGAGAAAGUAAAUGCUAUCAUUGGUUCUGGUGGGAAGAAGGUUAAGAGUAUUAUUGAAGAAACUGGGGUAGAGGCAAUUGACGCACAAGAUGAUGGCAUAGUGAAAAUUACUGCAAAGGAUUUAUCAAGUUUAGAGAAGUCAAAAGCUAUUAUUAGUAAUUUGACAAUGGUUCCAACUGUUGGUGAUAUCUAUCGGAACUGUGAGAUCAAAUCAAUAGCUCCUUAUGGAGUUUUUGUUGAGAUAGCCCCUGGGCGAGAGGGACUUUGCCAUAUUAGUGAAUUGACUUCAAAUUGGCUGGCAAAGGCAGAAGAUGCUGUCAAAGUUGGAGACCGUAUUGAUGUUAAACUUAUUGAGGUAAAUGAUAAGGGUCAACUUCGCCUUAGCCGCCGAGUACUACUUCCUAAUACAGAACCGGAUAGUCCCAAUGUAAAGCAGCAAACAGAUAGCUCCACAAAAGAUAUAGUGGCUUCUCAAAAAGCACCUGGCAAAGGCUCAGCUAAGAAAGUAGUGAAUGUUCCAAAGGAUGGUUUAGCUGAAAAGAACAUUGAACAACUUGAGGAUAAAAUUAGCACACCAAAUUUAGAAAGUGCCCCUGAGAGUAAUCCAUCAGAGGACGAUGCUCAACUCCCUCAAAAGAAGUUCAUCAGAAGAUUGGUGAGCCCUGCCAGAGAUAGGCCCGAUACAAACAAAGACAAAUCAAAAGGCAGCAGUAAAGCAGUCAGUAGUGUCUCCAGCAAGGAUGAGCAUAGUUUAGUGAAUGGAGAGGCUAAAAUUGGGUAGCAAGUAAAUUGGGUACAGAUACAUGUUGUUCCCAUUUCACAUGGUCUGAGUGACGGUGCAAGAGGCUUUAUGCUAACAGGAAGCAAUGGUAUGAACUGCCUUUCUAUCACAUAUUAAAAAAAUUACAAAAAAUUGCUUUAUAAUCCUUUUCUGCCAAUUCUAUUGGCAUGAAAGAGCUACUUAUCAUUCACGGAUUCAGUUCUUGAAUUUUACUUAUCAUUCACUGAUUCGGUUCCCUCAUUCAAGAAUUGAAUACCUCAUGUAUUGUUCCAAAUCUUGCUAAUGAAGGUCUAUAUUUUCUUUUU